AUGGUGGUGUGCGUUGAAUCGAAGGAACUGUCAGUUUUUGUUUUUAAUUCUGCAACGGAAAACAGUGAAAAGCGGAAAGCGAGCGUGAAAAUCAUGAAUAACGCGGCGUUUAUCGAGGACUGGAAUAGUAUUAUUCCGUACAAAAUCAAGGCGGCCGAUUUGGAAGCACCGACGGAACACUUUCUGUUCAAGUGUGUAUUAAACAUCUUCAAGCUGAUGCAUUACGAUGUGUCCAGCUACGAAAACAUGUUUAGCGAGCCGAUUGAUAAGUUAACAAUGAAACGGGUAGAGUUUGUUGCACGGAUCAACUACAUUUACCAGCUGUGUUCCGACUCGAAGCAAACCUCUUUCUUCUACGUCGACCUGGUGAAACCAACCGCAAAAAAAGUAAAGCAUUUACUUAAAAUUCUGCUCAACUACCUGUUUUACAUAAAUAUGGUGAAGGAAACCGUGCUGGAAAAAGCCAGUAACUGCACGGAGAGGUACUUUGAGCUGAAAGCCAAGCUGAAUCAAGAGCAGAUCAUAAAGGAAGCGAAUAAAGUCAAAGUCAGCAACAUGAAUCGCGAUAUAGACAAAAUGAAGAACAGGCUUCCAAUGAUCAAUCAGCAAAUCGAGGAACUGCACGAAACACAGAAAUCGUUGCGCAGCAAGCUGGCCCUCUUUGAGGCGAGGGAUCAUGAGUUGGGGGAAAAGGUGAUCCGACUUAAAAUGCACCAGCUACAUUUGAGUGACAAACAGAUAACGGAUGAUGAGGCCGUAGCAUUGAUCGAAAAGAAUGAAAGCCUCGAGCAAGAAAUGGGGCUGCUGACGGAGAAAGAGAAACAACUCCAGGAAACCAACAUUAUCCAUGUGGAAUCAAUCAAUCAGAUACGCCCCAGCGUUGUGCAGAUUGACAAACUGCUACAAACCGAGUUCGAUGGUUCAUACAUAGCUCUUCGGGCAGAACUGGAGGAGAUGACACUGGAGUAUGCAAAGACCGAAGGCAAAAGAGCUAAUCUAGAAUGCAUUUCUGAAGGCUUAGCACAAACUUGCGAGAAAAUAGAAGCGUACAUUGCCGAGAAACGAAAGGAGCUAACGGUGCGCAAUAAGGUUGUUGGAAAGAGUGAACGGAAAGAGCUGGGUAAAAUACAGUCGUUAACUGUGGAGCUGCAGCGGUUGACUGAAACGAAGCAACUCUUGGUUGUAAUUAUGGAAAAUGGCAAAAUGGAUCUGGAAAAAAUGGUUGCCGUUGCAAAUGAGACACUGCGUGGUAUUGAUCCAACGAACGGCACACAGUCUCCCACACAGUGAAAGGUAAUGCAAUCUGGAACUCUUGCGUAA